AUGUUGGCGAAGCACAUGAAAGUGUUCUUCUUGGCUUCUCUGGCUGCGUUGGUGCUCGCGGUAAUACUGGCAGCUUGGGGGUUUCCGAGGAUAGUUAGCAAGCAAAUACAAAAGAAUGUGCAACUCGAGAAUUCUUCGGUGAUGUUCGAGAAAUGGCGGAAGUUGCCGAUGCCUUUGACCUUCAAAAUCUACGUGUUCAACGUGACGAACGCCGAAGAUAUCAACAGCGGGGCAAAACCUAUGCUAACAGAAAUCGGACCCUACGUGUAUAAGGAGUAUCGCGAAAGGACUAUACUCGGUUACGGAGAGAAUGACACUAUAAGGUAUACUCUCAAGAAGACGUUCAUCUUUGACGCUGAAGAGUCAGGGCCCCUUACUGAGAAUGACGAGGUCGUGGUCAUCAACUUCUCAUACAUGGCUGCCAUUUUGGCAGUGCAAGAGAUGAUGCCAAGCCUCACGACCGUUGUGAACCAAGCGCUGGAAGAGUUCUUCACCGACCUGAAGGACCCCUUCAUGAGGAUCAAAGUUCGCGACCUGUUCUUCGAUGGAAUCCACGUCAACUGUGUAGGCAACCAUUCUGCUUUAGGAUUGGUGUGCGGACAGCUGAAGUCUGACACACCGCCCACUAUGCGACCUACUGAGGAUGGAACAGGAUAUUACUUCUCUAUGUUCUCGCACAUGAAUCGCACGGAAUCCGGCCCGUACGACAUGGUUCGCGGUACAGAAGACAUCAGGGAAUUGGGUCACGUAGUUGCAUACAAGGGGGAGCGCUCCAUGUCUCAGUGGGGCGACCCGUACUGUGGACAACUCAACGGAUCAGACUCCUCCAUCUUCCCACCGAUCGAUGGGGGCAAUGUGCCGCAACGAUUAUAUAUAUUCGAGCCCGAGAUCUGCAGAUCAAUGUUUGCAACUCUUGUGGGGAAAACUACAGUGUUCAACAUGUCGGCGUUCCAUUACUCUAUAUCGAGUGACGUUCUAGCGGCGAGGAGCGCCAAUCCGAACAACAAAUGCUACUGCAGAAAGAACUGGAGCGCAAACCACGAUGGUUGCCUACUGAUGGGCGUAAUGAACCUCGCGCCGUGUCAGGGCGCGCCCGCCAUCGCCUCCCUGCCGCACUUCUACCUCGCUUCCGAGGAACUGCUGCAAUACUUCGCCAGCGGCAUCAACCCGGACAAGGAGAAACACGACACUUAUCUAUACCUCGAGCCGGUGACGGGAGUUGUUCUUAAGGGGCUUCGAAGAUUCCAGUUCAAUAUUGAGCUAAGGAAUAUUCCAGAAGUGCCGCAACUGGCGAAAGUUCCCACGGGUCUGUUCCCGUUGCUCUGGAUUGAGGAGCUAUCAAAGUUACCUAUGUACGGGACGCCGGGCUGUCGCAGUAGCGGACAGUUACCGACUCGUACUGCGGGGUGGAGGAAAUUACACGCAGGAGUCUUGACGGCGAUAGUGGACUGUAGCUUCGGUGAAUAA